AUGUCCUCCGGCGCUUUCCUCGCGAAACAGUAUUUGUCAGAUGCCUUUAUUGCGAAACUGGCGAAAGCAGCGCUCUUUGAGUUUCCCCGGCGAUCCGACGCAAAGUCCAAUUUGUCAAAGCUGGGACAAGAUGUCAGCCCUUAUUUGGACAAGUUCAUUGAAGAAAGAAACCUUACCAAAAGCGGCCUCAAGGCAUUGAGAUGGACUACUCUCGGCUAUCAUCAUAAUUGGGACUCGAGAGAAUACGGCAAGGAAGCUGAAAGCCGUGGAAGUGUUCCGGAAUUACUGAAAACUCUGGCGGAGGAAAUUUCGAAAUCAUUUCAAAUCACGCCGAUGUUGAAUGCUGAAGCUUCGAUCUGUAAUUAUUACCCCGCAAAUAUUGGUACGAUUGGCAUUCAUAGCGAUGAUUCGGAGUAUUGCCACCAUCCUAUUGUUUCCGUCAGUCUUGGCCUUCCGGCUGUGUUUCUUCUUGGGAAAGGGACACGCGAAGACCCCUGCCAUGAGAUACUCCUCGAGCACGGCGAUGUCUUUAUAAUGGAUGGGAAGGACCGUCAAGCUCUUCAUGCUGUGCCACGCGUUCUUGACCUUGAACGAGCAGUAAAACUCAACGAGAAUUAUGAAAAUAAGCUGACUGUAGUCGAGAAUCCAGCUGUAAUGACAAACGGUCAAUCGGAUGCAGAUAUCGCCGCCCAGGUUGCGAAGUUAGCCGCGGAAGCGAAAGAAAAAGCGGCGGCGAGCGGAGCCACUCCACCGGAUCUAGGAACUCCGGACGCUCGGCAGGCAUUCCUCUCCCAACAGCUCCAAAUGCUCAACUUAGCAAAGAGUCAAGGCGUCGAAAUGCCCAAGACAAUGUGGGCGUUCUGGGAUACGCAACCGGUGCCUAAGAUGAAAGAGACAAUUUCCGACGAGGACCUUGGCGCUAUUGAGGCUUCCAGGGACAACGUACGCCAGGAGCCCUAUUCACUCCCCAAGAAUUUUGAAUGGGACGAUGUCGAUAUAACGGAUCCAGCGCAGUUGACAGAGCUUUACACACUUUUAAACGAGAACUACGUAGAAGAUGACGACAAUAUGUUCCGCUUUGAUUACUCCCCCGAGUUCUUAAAAUGGGCUCUAAGCCCACCGGGAUGGCACACAGACUGGCUUUGCGCCGUCCGAGCUUCCACGACGAAGAAAAUGGUGGGAUUUAUUUCUGCUAUUCCUGCCACAAUUCGAACAAAGACCGUCGCCACUGAAAUGGUCGAGAUUAACUUCUUAUGUGUCCACAAGAAACUCAGAUCAAAGCGCCUUGCGCCCACUCUAAUCCGUGAGAUUACUCGCCGCGUGAACAAAAGAAAUAUCUUCCAAGCAUGUUACACUGCAGGCGUCGUCAUUCCCAAGCCAGUGAGCACUGCUCGUUAUCAUCAUAGAUCGCUCAAUCCAAAGAAGCUCGUUGAGAUUCAGUUUUCAGCCCUUGGUCGCAACCAGACAAUGAAUCGACUAAUCAGACUUAUGAAAUUGCCUGCGCAAACAUCGCUCCCAGGUCUUCGAAAAAUGGAAAAGAAGGACUGCGAGAAAGCUCGCGCACUUCUUGGCGGAUAUCUUCAGAAAUUCGACUUGACACCUAUCUACUCCGAAGAAGAAUUCGAACAUUGGUUCCUGCCCCGAGAGGGCGUCAUUUCCUCUUAUGUGGUUGAAAAUUCCGACGGAGAGCUCACCGACUUUGGUUCCUUCUACUCCCUUCCAAGCACCGUGGUCAACAACAAAAACCAUUCCACUCUCAACGCCGCCUACUGCUUCUACAACGUGUCUGAUCGUCUCAAAGAUCUCAUGAGCGACAUGCUCGUCAUUGCCAACAACCAAAAGUUUGACGUCUUCAAUGCGCUCGACCUCAUGGAAAAUGAUCAGUUCUUGAAGCCCCUUAAAUUCGGCGAAGGAGACGGUAAUCUGAACUACUACCUCUAUAACUGGCGAUGUCCCGAGCUUGAGAAGAAGAAACUUGGCCUUGUUUUACUUUAG